AGCGGCGCGGCCGCCAUGUUGGGAAGGGCGGCGCGGCGGCUUGCGGAAACCCGGCGCGGACACGGCGUGAGGCACCGAGAGGUUCCCGGAGGGCCCCGCGGCGCUCCGCGUGACGUCACUUCGGGAGAAAGCUCUGAUUGGCCGUCGGGACCUGGCGCCACACGCUGCCGCCUGCGAUUGGCCGCCUGCGAGGCGCGGGCAUGGGGGAGCCGCGGCGCGCCGUGCGGCGGUACCGCUUCGUGGGGGACGCGGCGGGAGGAGAGGAGCGCGCGGUGCUGGCGGUGCGCGUCCCCGAGCCGUGUGUUUCAGGUGCUGGACCCGCAGUAUGGCAUGUACGCGUGGCCCUGCGCCGUGGUGCUGGCUCAGUACGUGUGGUUUCACAGGAGAACCCUGCCCGGCCGCAGAGUGCUGGAGAUCGGUGCAGGUGUCAGCCUACCCGGAAUAGUGGCUGCCAAGUGCGGCGCUCAGGUGACGCUGUCAGAUAGCGAGCAGCUGCCUCAGUGCCUGGAAAUCUCCCAGCAGAGCUGCCUGAUGAACCACCUACCCCACGUACCCGUUAUAGGCAUCACCUGGGGCCGUGUAUCUCCAGAGCUGCUCUCUCUCGCUCCUGUAGACAUAAUUCUAGGAUCCGAUGUCUUUUUUGACCCAAAAGAUUUUGAAGAUAUUUUAACUACAGUUUACUUCUUACUGGAAAAGAAUCCACAUGCUCAGUUCUGGACCACUUACCAAGUCCGAAGUGCUGACUGGUCUAUCGAAGCUCUGCUCUACAAAUGGAAACUGAAGAGCAUCCACAUUCCAUUACAUUCGUUCAGUGCAGACAAAGAACACUUGGCCAGCUCUCCUCUACCCAGCAGACAUACCAUUGAAAUGAUCAUCAUCUCACUGGCAACAUCAGUUGGUACUUAAGUUUAUUCCACUUGUUGGUUCCAUUACAAGAUUAUAUUCAACUUUAGCACGGAUCUGCAGGAAACAGUCUGAUCUACAGCAAACCUCACAUGUACGCUUUGGAAAGCAGAUCCUCAUCAGCAGUACUUCCUCAAACAUGCAUUGUAAAAAUAAAUCUGUUUAUUUGUGUAGCUGGCUUCUGAGAAAUUUGUUCUCCUUUCCAAAGACAAGUUACGUUUCAGAGACCCAUUUCCAUUAUAUAGCCACUCCACAACAUACCUUAACAACCUGACCACCCACAAGAUCCAACAUAAACUCACAACUUCAGCUAUGAAGAAAAGUUACCAAACUCUUUUAAAGAUAAAUGUAUCCCUUAACAUUGGUUUCCUAGGACUGAAGCCCUUUCCCUUACGAUUCUUAUACAAAAUCCAGCCCCUGUAAUAGAAUCUAUGCAGACUGCUGCUAGGCACGCAGUCCUGGAACACAGAAACUUCUCAGUUUGUAGAAAAGCACUUUUAAUCCCUGGUCAAGCCAGACUGCAAGUAUUCAGAUGUUUCCAUUUCCAUUUAACAUACAUGCAUAAUGUUAACAAGGCAUUACAAUAACCCUUGACAUGUGAUGAUUGACAUUACAAUCCAUUUGGUAUAAAAAAAAUAAAUCAAGAAAAGAA